CGUAGUUCAACACUUCUGAAGACAAGCGCUUCCUCUAAUGACUUUAUAAGUAAUUUGCAGCCGUUUUCUUUCGCAAUGUGACUUCUGCUUUUGCUACUUUCGAAAGGGGGCAAUGAACGACUAUGAGGUUAUCAGACAGAUUGGGCAGGGUGCAUUUGGAAAAGCCUUCCUGGUCAAAGACAAAGGGGGAGGUGGAAACACACAGUGUGUGGUCAAAGAGAUCAGCCUCAGGAAGAUGUCAGCAAAGGAAAAGGAAUCAUCCAAUAAAGAGGUGACGUUGCUGUCAAAGAUGAAACAUCCAAACAUUGUCACCUUCAUCCGGUCCUUUCAAGAGAGAGGCAGCCUUUAUAUAGUGAUGGAGUACUGUGACGGAGGAGAUCUGAUGAAGAAAAUCAACAUACAGAGAGGAGUUCCUUUCACUGAGGAGCAGAUCGUCGACUGGUUUGUUCAGAUCUGUCUGGGCCUCAAACACAUCCAUGACCGGAAGAUUCUCCACAGAGACAUCAAAGCUCAAAAUAUCUUCCUAACCAACGGAGGGAUGAAAGCGAAGCUGGGUGACUUUGGAAUCGCAAGAAUGUUGAAUAAUACCUUGGAGCUGGCCAGGACCUGUGUUGGGACACCGUACUACCUCUCCCCAGAGAUCUGUGAGAAUCGGCCCUAUAACAACAAGACGGAUAUCUGGUCUCUGGGGUGUGUCCUGUAUGAACUCUGUACCCUAAAACAUCCAUUUGAGGCCAGCAGCUUGCGACAGCUUGUCAGUAAAAUCUGCAGGGGGCGCUACAGCCCAGUACCCAGCCGCUACUCCUACGACCUACGCCUGCUGGUCACCCAGCUCUUUAAGGUCAACCCACGAGACCGUCCCUCAGUCACUUCAGUCCUCCGACGUCCUAUUUUGGAGAAACAUAUCAGCAAACACCUGGAUACUCAGGUGAUGCAAGAGGAGUUUAGCCACACCGUGUUGCAUAGAAACAAAGCUGUGGGGUCUCAACCAGUUAAAACAAGAGGGGGAGCAGCAAAAACACCAGGUAAGAUUCAGAAGGCUAGAGUAGCCGAGAGGCCGGGGAAUGCCAACAAGCGAGUGCCUGCUAAACCAGAUUGGAAAGUCCCUCUCAAAGCCUACACACCCACCCACCAUAAACCUCCUCAACGUAGAGAAGCACAACUAGCAGCCAAUAGAGAGUUUCCAGGGAUCCAAAGGUUUAAUGGUCAGCAGCCUGUCAGCCAUUACCAGCAUUACCACGCCCAGUUGGAUGCCUUUCAGAGGAGGAACAAAGAGGAUGUUCUUCCUCUUCCUCCUGUGGAAAGACCAAAGGAGCAAUGUGAAGACCAAGCUGCUCCUUGUUCUGUGGAACCAUAUCAGCUUGUGGCUGCCGCUCGAAAUGAAUACCUGCAGAGAAGACAGGAGGCCAACGACUACAAGCUGAGAGCAGAGAAACAGCUGGGUCUGCGUCCAUGUACAGCUGAGCGCAACAGCAAGCCUGGUGGUCAAGAGCAGGAGGUGGGCAAACCUGAACACCAACAUAUGCCUUUGGACAAGAGACAAGGGGGUCAGCAGGAGUACCUGCGUCAGCUCGAUCUCAUUAGACAGCAAUAUCACCUGGAGAUGAAACAGAUGAGGAUGAGAGCUGAAGCAGAGGCCAGGCCACAACACAAACUCGAGACCUUUGUGUUGGAGCAAUCCAAGGACAUAGAACCAUCUGUCGACAACAAAGAGCCCCAGGAAGCAGCACCUGCACUGGAUGUUGAAGCAGCUCUGAGGCAGAUCAGAGAGGAGAACAGAGACCAGAUGAGAGCUUUGGAGAGAAAACACAAAGACAAAAGGGGAAUCAUGUUUGAGAUCCGAUUAGAUAAUGAAAAGCUAAGGGAAGACGAGGAGGAGGAGGAGAAAGAAGAGGAAGGAAGAAAACAGGAUGACCAGGAAGUGGAUCCACUGAAUCGAACUCUGUCCUUCCAGGAAGGAGCACAGCUGAAGCUCAAGGAUUGGCUACAGGGGAGGAGGGGGUGGAGCAACAGGACUCCUCAGACUUUGCUGAACGCGCUCGGCAACAUGGACAUCAACUCAGUCUACAACACGGCGGUCGAGGCUGGACAAGGUGAGGAAGUGGCAGGUCGUAGGCAGUGGAUUGACGAGCCCCCUAACACCCUGCUGAGAGCUCUGGCUCAGGCUGAGCUCACAUCAUCAACUCUAGAUUCAGUGGCCACAGAUUUAGAGACACAGCAGGACGGAACAGAGGAGGAAAUUAACCCGGACAAAGUGGAGGAAAGGGAUGGUGAAGGAGAGGAGGAGUCUGAUGUGGAGAUGGAUGAAGAGCGUCUGGAGCCGAGGUCAGAUGAUGAUGACACGAACUUUGAGGAGUCAGAGGAUGAGCUGAGAGAAGCAGUGGCAGACUCCAUGAGGAACCUGUUUGUCAUGGAGGACACGAGCUCAGACGAAAAGGAGCAGGAACGCGAACCACUAGCUGAUAGGAUGGAGGAGGAGAUGGAUGAAGGUGCAGUGAGCUCUGGAGAUCCUCAACAAAUCCAAGCAGAGGUCCAGAAUUCAAGUGAAGAAGCGGGAUCGUUCAAGGUAUUUCCUGCUGAGCCUGAGUCCCACAGACAACAUACCACAGCUUCAAACGAGCAGCCUCAGACUCCUUAACCGCCUGCAAACUUUAACAUUUUGAUUUUGUGAGAGUUGGACAAAAAUGUAAGAGUAACUGGAAUCUGAUAAUAAAAAGUGAUUGUUUUCAUGAUGUGAAUACAUGA